CACUGAUGUAGGUCAUCUCAGCUGGUCCCUCCAAUCCCUCCAAUCCAUCUUUCAAGUCAUCAACUAACUGAUCUUGGUUCGUUCACCAUAUUGUUCGUUCGUUGUACUACUCCCUUGUCCCUUGUCCCUUGUCCCUUGUCCUAAGCGGGCCCCAUGUCGUUCCUGAGUUUGCGUGUGUCCUCCUCGUGCUCGGCUCACCGCCCCUUGGCCCUCCUGUACUCGCUCCAGCCUCAUGGCGGUCCGCUCUGUCGACGGAGCUUGGCCACCAAGCAUCAACCCGCUGCCGCUGCCACGCCCGCCCACGCCCAGGAUAAAAAAGGCCAGAGCAGCCGUGGAGGCAAGCCGGCCGUCCACUCGAAAUCCUUCGUCCAGAACAUGUUCCGCGGAUUGGUCGAGCCCGAACAAACCUUCCCCUAUCCUAAGGUCUUGAAUGAGGAUCAAUUGGAAACCCUGAGAAUGCUAGUUCCACCCACCGAAAAGUUUAUGGAAGAAGUCAAUGACCCAUUGGCCAAUGAUGCCAACGAAAGCGUCUCCGAAGAGGUCGUUCAGGGCCUCCGUGAAAUGGGUGGUUUUGGGCUUCAAGUGCCCGAAGAUCUAGGAGGUGUGGGUCUCACCAACACCCAAUAUGGGCGUGUGACCGAGAUUGUUGGCGCCAACGAUUUGGGCGUAGGUAUCUUCAUGGGGGCCCAUCAAUCCAUUGGCUUCAAAGGCAUCCUCAUUGCUGGCGAUGACGCUCAGAAACAGAAAUAUUUGCCGCGUGUGGCCACGGGCGAAGAUUUUGCGGCCUUUGCCCUGACCGAGCCCGCUAGUGGAAGUGAUGCUUCUUCCAUCAAAACGCGAGCAGAGCUCUCCCCCGAUGGCAAAAACUACAUUCUGAAUGGAUCCAAAAUCUGGAUCUCCAACGGUGGGAUUGCCGAAAUUUUUACCGUCUUCGCUAAGACACCCGUGAAGGACGCCGAAACUGGCACAUCCACCGAUAAAGUCACUGCAUUUAUUGUGGAACGCAAAUUUGGGGGCGUCUCGCACGGAGCUCCAGAAAAGAAAAUGGGCAUCAAAUGUUCCAACACGGCUGAAGUUUACUUUGAAAACACGCCUGUGCCGGUGGAAAAUGUCUUGGGUGGGGAAGGCAAAGGUUUUAAAGUGGCCAUGCAGAUCCUCAACAACGGACGGUUCGGCAUGGGAGCCGCUCUUUCAGGAACCCAGAGGGCUGUAAUUAAGAAAGCUGUGGAGCAUGCCACUCAACGAACUCAAUUUGGUAGCCGAAUUGAUACCUAUGGAGCGAUCCAAGAGAAGUUGGCCCGAAUGGCGAUGACUCAUUACGCCUGCGAGUCUAUGGCUUAUAUGGUUUCUGGAACCAUGGAUCGAGGAUAUGACGACUACCAACUUGAAGCGGCCAUUUCCAAGAUCUUUGCCUCAGAAGCGGCUUGGUUUGUCACCGAUGAAGCCAUUCAAGUCUUGGGGGGCAUGGGAUACAUGCGUGAUCCCGGUUUGGAAAAGGUCAUGCGGGAUCUGAGAAUCUUCAGGAUCUUUGAGGGCACCAAUGACAUUCUCCGUUUGUUCGUGGCUCUCACUGGAAUCCAAUAUGCCGGUGGACAUCUCAAGGAGCUCCAAAAUGCCGUGAAAGACCCCAUCUCCAAUUUUGGCGUGGUUUUGGGAGAAGUGACCAAGCGAGGUCGCACUGCUAUUGGAUUUGGAGCGGGCAAUCUCCUCUCCGACAAAGUUCAUGCCAACCUCUCCGAACCUGCCGGAAAUGUUUGUAAAGCCACUGAGGCUUUUGGAGGUGCCAUCGAGAAGCUUCUGAUCAAGCAUGGCAAGAAUAUCAUCAACGAACAAUUCCUCUUGAAACGGAUUGCGGAUGCUUCAAUUGACAUUUACGCUAUGAGCUGUGUUUUGUCACGAUGCUCAAUGUCUCUAAAUGAGGGCCUCAGCUCAGCCCACCAUGAGGAACUUAUGACGAAGACCUAUUGCAAUGAAGCGUAUGAUCGUGUGUUGAGGAAUCUGAACGCCUUGAAAAACCCAACCGAGUUGUCAAAUUUCAAGAGCAUGGCUGAAAUUUCCAAAGGCAUGUGUGAGUCUGGCCAGGCGGUACAGGGCAAUCCCUUGGGAGUGUGAGAAGGCACGAGGCCCAACCAUUGGCAUAUUUCACAAAUGACCAAACUCAACCAAUAUGAAUGCAAAAAUUUAAGCGUAACUUAUUUUCUUGGUAAAUAAAUUGACCAGCAAUUGAAGUAACAA